CGUACACAAGUGGUCAACGAUUUCCUACAAAUCAACAUCAAUUUCAGUGUACUGAAGCCUUUUAGGAACGCAAAAUGGUUUGCGAAAAAUGUGAAAAGAAACUAGGAAAGGUUAUCACUCCGGACCCAUGGAAAGCGGGCGCGAGAAACACCACCGAAGGCGGCGGUCGCAAGAUCAACGAGAACAAAGCACUGACCGGAGCAAAAAUGCGCUUCAAUCCUAUGGCCGGAAACUUUGCUCCUUGCCGAAUUUGCAAACAGAAAAUUCACCAAGCUGGUUCACACUACUGCCAACAGUGUUCCUACAAGAAAGGAAUCUGCGCCAUGUGUGGUAAGAAACUUCUUGACGUUAAAAACUAUCGUCAGUCAUCCGCUUGAUUGAGGAAGGAUUUCAGGAUAGUUUUUGGAUGUAAAUAUACAUUAAGAUUUUAAUUUAAGUAAUUCUAUAUAUCCGUCUAUGAUAAGUAACUAGCAAAACUUUUGAUCCAAUGGCAUACUU